AUGCGAUUCACCAUCCUUCAAAAACUCACGCUGAACCUCUCUCGCAACUACGUGGGGGUGAUCCCGCGACGAGACAUCUCUGUUGGUCCUAAUCGCAAGUACAACCGUCUCACAUUGGAUGAGAUACUAGCACUUGAACCACCCGCAGAUGCCAACGAGCAAGAUGCGGAACCCUCAGAAUCAACAUCAGAGGCCCGCACAGCUCCUCAACAUGUGUUGGUGUACGCCUCUGAGGAGACCAUGUGGGAGUCUCUCACCGGCCACGCGGUUGACUACAAGCGGGUACCCAAGUCUGAAUGGAUGUUGUUGCUCGGAAUUGCUUCUACGACUACCCAAGGUAUCCUGCAAGGCGAUCUCGGCCGGCUCGUCGACCAGGACAAGAGGUCCGUUCCCAAACGAACCGAUGCGCUGCUUAAGAAGGGCUACAUCGCCAAGAGAACGACACUCGUGCGAGGAACCAAGACGAGUAAGAUGUGGCUCAAACUGUUUGCGCCGCCGCUGCCAAAGGAUAGUGAAGGGGGAGAUGAAGUCCGCCCUGACAUGACCCUCACUCGCCAAGUCUUAGUUGACAACCUCGACCCAGUGCCCUGGCACAUCCGAUGGACCGGAGAAUCUAUCGACUACACAGCCUUGGCUACAACCAUCAUGGCCAUCGCCAAGGAAUGGGGUGUCCUGCGAAUGACCGACAUGAAGUCCAAGCUCGGCGUGCUGGGAAUGCGCUGGCAGAUGAAGGUCCUUGCCAAGGUGUGCCGUUUUCUCAACUCUCGAGGUGUCAUCCAAUACGUCGCCGCGAAAUUGGGGGAGAAGGUGUUCAAGGACUGUAUCAAAUAUGUCCGAGACUUCAACUCUGAGGAUUGGGCGGUCUACUUGGCUACGGGCAAAAAGCAGGCGAAGACGCCCAGAAACCCUGAUCUGGAUGGCCUCGAUGGAACCAAGGCCGACGGCCAAACUUCUAACGCUUCAGAAGUAGCCGCAGCACCACCGUGGUCGCUAGAUAAGCCAGUUCCUGUCAUCAUUGCGGAAAUGGCACAGCGACUUGGCGAGACCGGCUUGACAAACCCAGAUGUUUAUGCCUUGACCCUGGGCCCGUCUUAUAGCCGCCACCUUUCUUCCAUGACCACCGCUUUGUCUGUCCCAAACCUGCAACCGGCUCAUCUAUCCCAUUUUCAACUUCGCAGUGAGCACACCAGGACUGGAAAGGUAGCUUCAUAUCGCUAUUUUGCUCAGAACGAUUCACUUCCGCCUCCAAUCGCGAAUGGCAACGACGGCUCUCACAGCCAUGGGGCAACUCUCGCCGACUCCUACGGCUUCUCCCCGAUACCUGCUACAAGCAUCUCUAGCGAACCUUCCACUACAUUGAUGGAACUUUGCAGCCUGGGGCUGGCGACUCGAAAGACGAACAAGGGGCGUCCCAAGAAGGGCAACGCAAAGAAGCAGAAACCUGCUCCUGCUACAAAAGCCAAGGCAAACCGAAAACAGUCUAAAGAAUCAUCAGUGCCACAACAAAAACAAGCAGCUCGGGAGAACACGGCUCAGGAGGAUGCAACUCAGGAGAGCGGAACUCAUGAAACCGAUACCCAGGAGAAUACAAGUCAAGAGAGCGCGACUCAAAAGGAUGGUAUCCAGGAGAACGGUGUCAUUUCGCAGGGUACAGCAGCUGAAGAGCCGGGCGCGCCUUCACAAGAUUCGACAACACAGCUGGAGACAGCGCCAGAAAAAUCACAAACUUUGAAUCCAGACGAUGCGCCAUCGGGCUCAGGCGACGCUGAUACGCUUGUAGCUACUCUCAAGGUGUCUUCAGACCAUCUCAAAGACGUGCUUUCCGAGAGUCAGCCAGCUGUUACCACCCCUGUACGAGCAACACCUGCACGAGCGACGCGUGCUAGAUCAACAAGAUCUUCAGCGAAGAAAGCAGAGACUGAAAUCGCGAGCGCUUCUCUUGACGCCGAGGAGAUUGAGGACGGAGAUGAAAAUGAGAAGGAACCUGAAGCUGAAGAGGCAAUCAAGAAUCCCUUGAGCAAUAGAAAACGUGGUCGCCCGAGAAGGGGCGAGACGAGGAAGAAGGGAAAUGCGGCAGAGACUACCGAUGGCGACUCUGGUCCACGUCCAUGGGUUUGCGAAAAGUGCGGCGGCAGCUGGAAGAACGACAUUGGUUUGAAAUACCACCUGGAAAAGUCGAGGACGGCUUGCAACCCCUCAUUCGAUGAAGCCACGGCAGGCCCAGUCCGGCGCGGAAAGAAGCGAGUCAUCUCUGAGGUUGAAGAGCCCGAAACUCCAACUCCCGCAGAGGAUAAGUCACCACAGGCCGAGGCACCCGAUCAGGCGGAGCCAGAGAAAGAAGAUCAAGGCCAAGAGGUGGAGGAGGAAAGCUUCUCAACUCCAGCUCGACGUGUUCCGAAACUACGAGGCCCAGUUGCCCGACUAUCUUGGUCUUCACGACCAACGGUCAGUUUCAAAAGCGACUCGUUUCAUGUUAACCCAGAAUGGCGACGUCCUCCAGUCACCAGUUUUGACACCCCGAAAACACCGCUAUCGAAUGGAACCAACGGUGCUCUUGUGCAGAAUGAAGAUGGACAACCACGUCCUGUUCUCGGGCCACUGCACCGCUUCGAUUUGGCUGCGAGCUCGCCAAAGACCCCUCGCCCGAGAUCGCAGGCGAAAGCACCUGAGUCAACGGCUGAGACUCCCCAGCCAAAGGCGCCUCAGACCAACGGCCAGGAAGGUAGCAAUGGCUUACUCAAUGGUGGCAGUUCAGCUGUGAAGCCCAGAUCACCGGCAGUUGUCGAUACCCCCAUAUCCAAGGCUGCUAUGAGUGCUCGCAUUCGCCAGAUUAUUCAGGAGAUCCUAACAGAGCAGUCCGGCGUCUUUCCAGGAGGUAAGCCGUUUUGGCAUGCGAUCACAAUACGUUGGACACAAACGUUUCCGACAGAAGCAAUCCCCCAAGUGCGCGCGUAUCAAGCCGUACUUCGGGAUAUGCUGAAGAACAAGGUCGUUGCCGAACACUGGCACAGCUUCCGCAGUACCAAGGGCAUGACUGAAAAGUGUCACGUCAUAGUUCAGGCUGGUGUUGAUCCAUUCUCCCCUGAAGCCACCAAUCUGCUCGACAAGAUCAAGGCAGCUCACCCAGAUACAUAUAUACCGCCACCCUUUGACGCUCUGGCCGACCACGACUUGCUCAACCGCGGCCGUCGAGAUCUUCCGAUCGAGGUUGAGAUGCUGGAUGCCCCAGUGUAUGUGGCACGAGCUGCACAGAAGCGAGCCUUAGAAGAGCUGGACGAUGAUGACGAAGAUGCCCCUCCACCUCAGAAGCGAAGCAGGAGACGCAAGAGAGCGGCAAGGGACAACAGCGCGUCCCCAGAUAGGGCAUCCAAACGGAACGAUAUUACCUUUCAUCAAGAUUACGAGACCGGGCAAGGAAAGUGGUAUGAACACUUUGCGGGCGUUGCAACCCAUGGUGCCCCCGAGUCAAUUCGUUUCCUCGAGCCCAAUACUUUCCUGGACGAGGAACCCCCGAGGUGGUUGUCGAAGCGCGCCUCCAAGGCCGCAGCUCGUCAUGUGCAAGAAGAGGAAGCUUUCAAUGAUAUACCCAAAGAAUUGGUGUUUGACAAGCCGAUUUUGGUUUCCGGCGAUCUUGGUGCCUGGCCAUAUAUCAGCGCCCAAGACUUUGAGCUGCAGGAUGCCAGCUACACGCUGAAGGGCUGGAUGCCUGACAUGAACUGGUUUGCUUGGUCAUCUAUGCUGGAUGUGAUUGACGAACGCACCCUUGAGCUGAAACGCCAGAAGCGGCAGCAUAGAACCGACCUUGGUCGAUACCAACGCUUCGUUGAGAGACUACAGUGUUGUAUGGAUACGGAGCGAUCAUGGGCCGAGUCCUUCAUUCAUGCGCCACGCGGUGCCGCGGGUCCUCACAACACCUUCGUGACGUUCUUUAGCGGAGCCGACAUGGAGUUGGUCGAUGUUCCUGGCCUCACGUGGCCUUCAGAGUGGCAACUUACACCAGAGUCCUUCCCAGGAGCCGUCCCAGACCGGCAGCUUCUUGUCGACUCGACAUCUGAUGAGGAAGACGACAGCCCUAAGUGGACGAGACUAUCAGUGCCCCAAGCAGGACCCGACGGAGAGAGCGCGCGCACCACUACUGCUCGGCAGCAGCAAGGCCAGCAGGCCAGAGUCAAGCGUGUCCGCCUCCUAACCCGCGCUUUAACCACCAUCCCUGCCGAAGCAGAACAAUCAGAGGGUCUCAACGCCCAGAAUGCAAUCAAUGACUCUUCUGACUCUGAGGAAGCGGACAGGUUGCUCGCUGCAUUUGUUGCUGUUCGUGUGCUACUCGGUGGUUCCGACAAGGCGAUCGAUUGGGGACUGUUGUUGAAGCUCUUCCCAUCGUUCAAGCUCAAGGAUCUUCGCCGUUUUUGGAUCACUGCCCGUAGAGAUCAGGGCGCAUACAUCGGAAAACUCACGAAGGACUUUCAGGAUAAGUUUCUGAUCGCAUAUCAGAAGGAGGAACUUCCAGAGUUUGACUUCGAUGACCCCUUGGACUAUGAUUGGCACGAACUGAUUGAUUGGACGCUUCAGCUACCACGCAGAAAGGGCGUUGAUCUGCCAUCGACCAGAGCUCUUCUGGAAGAGGACUUUACCUCUCACAAGGCCUCUCGCGUGGUGGAUGACUGGCGAGAGAAGUUUCACCAUGUGCAGUCAUCUGUCUUCUCUCGGUUUGAGGCUACUACUGGCAGCCCAGCCGUUGUAUCUGUUGACAAGAUGCUGACCGGCCUUGAGGAACAUGUCGAACUCACUGACAGGGUCAUUGCAAGGUCUUGGGUGAGAUCUCUAUGCUGCACGGAGGACAGCCGGUAUUCAGUGGAACAGAUCCGGCAAAAGUUCUCCUCGCUCGCGAAGGGAGACCAGGAUCGGAAUAACGCGCUUCUCAAGCAGGCCAUUGAGGAUUUGACUCAGCAACGAAUCAUCUGCAGGAGCAAGAAGGCUCCCCUUGGUGGCCGACCAUACCGUCUCAACGAAUGGUAUUACCACAUGCUGGGGAAACUAGCACAGCGGACAAAGUAUCAAGAAGCAGCCGACUUCAAGGCCAAGCUGGACGCUGUCUUUCGUCGUGGAGAAACCUUCCAGGUUCCAUACACUCUUGAGGACGGAGCUGUCAUGGCAUUGACAAACUUGAACGCUUCCGAGAGAAUCAAGCUGAUGCCCGUGGAUGUGCCCAACAUUCCUCUUGGAUUCGAGCCAGGCAACUACGAAAGUCGCAAGUUCCCGAAGUCGUACUAUCAUUUCAGCAUCGAGGCGGUCCCGACAGACACGUACAAGUAUGAUGAGGAUAUCGAUGUGAUCCGCAAGACCAUCUAUGAGGGCCCUCCCACAGCGGGCAAGGAGAGCGUGCUGCCGCAGUGGGUUGACUUUUUUGGGCGACGAGAUGCCCAACGUUGGAUGGAUAUCUUGGGCGCAUUCUGCUUCGUCUUUGCUCUCAGGGGAUACCUGUCGAUCGAGGGAGUGUGCAGUGCACUCAAGCCAGUGCUAGAAGAGUUUGAAGCCCAGAUGAUCAUCGACUGGGGCAAGAAGACGGGCGUGCUCAAGGAAUCGGAGGAUGGGCUAGGAGUGACGACAGGAGAAUGGUGGUGGUUGGCAGUCCCGUGGCAAUGGGGACGGCAACUCAGAGCGAGAGGUCGACGAGAGGACGACUAA